AUGUAUCGGAAGUUGUCUAAGUUAGAACACUCGGAAAUAAAACAACAUCUUACAGAAGCUAACAUAGAUGUUGCAAAGCAUUACGCAACAAACAAAAAAGCACUCGCUGACUUCAUUAAAGACUAUAAUGGUGCAAUAAGUUAUGAUAGAAUUCAUGAUUACAUUAAUAACAAAACAUUUCCUUUAAAUGACGUUGCUAUUGACUUAUAUCAUAGACGUUCAAUACCUCAUGAAGUAAGGCGUGAGAUGUUUGACAUAACAAAUGCAAACGUUGGUCAUACUCGUAAAGCUCUUUCGCAUGAUGUUCGUCAAGAGAUGUUUGACAUAACAAAUGCAAACGUUGGUGAAACAAGAAGAAGAGACGACACACUGAAACAACAGAGAAGAGAGAUGUUUAAAAGUGCUAUAGAACAAGUUCGCAAAGCUAACGAUGAAAAAACCAGAAUUUUCGAAAAAGUGACACCAACUAUUAAAGUUAUUUUAUUACUAGAUUUAUUUACAAAUUAUAAGAUAAUAUCAUUAACAAAAUAUAUUUUUAAUAUAAAUAAAAAACUUUUUUUAUACAAAAAAUUACAAUCAAUCGAUAAAUAUUAUAAAACAUUUAUUCCAAAAAGAUUAAGAAAUAGGUGGGAUCCUGCAUAUAAUAUAAUUUUAUGUCAUAAAGCUUACAAAUUUUAG